UUGAAACUUCCAUGUUUAUAUUUCCUGGAGGCCUGUCUUAAAAUGCGGGAGAUUUCUUCCCUUUCGGUCUGUCUUGUAGUGAGUUGUGAAAGGUGUCAUUGCUAUCGUUAGUGAGGUGGUAGCUCUGUAAAUACGGACGACGUGACGACUCUAGGCCAGGUGAGCCGGUAUUUCUCAUGGCUACGUUAACUGAACUCCAGAAUUCUCUGCGACAGACUGCUCGUCUGGGACUGGAGGUUCUGGAGCGGGCCUCCAGGCGGAAGGUGGACUGGAGCGAGCCGCCGCAUACCUACACUCCCGUGGCCGAUGAAGAUGGGGCAGUAUACAACAAAGUGAGAAAACUAUGGCAGAGCUGCAGGAGGCCUUUUCCACCAUCGUGGAGUUCAUGGCAGAAACGAACAUUCAUUGCAAAAGGUUCUACGACUCAGUGGGAUGCUCUCGAGGUCCCGACAUCGAGAAGAAACACGCGCCUCGCUUCCAUAGACACAUCGGGGCGGCCCGGAACACGUGUUCGCCUCGACUUGGGCAUUACGCCCAGAGUCAGGGUGCACCAGAGGACUUCUACGUGGAAGUGGCUCCCGGAUCGUACACCAUCAGCGCCAGCCGGCCCGGAUCACAGCAGCAAACCAAGAUGGUCGACCUCGAUGCUGGCGAUACGAAGCAUGAAGCCAGUGGAAUCGAGAGCUGUGAUUUGACGUAGAAGCAGGGAGUGGGUUGAACCAAGGGCUGCGAUUAGCUGUAGAAGCAGGAAGCGAGUGGAACUGAAAGCUGUGAUUGGUCGUAGAAGCAGGAAGAGAAUGCAACCGAGAGCUUAUUGGACUCAGUGGCUGGAACCAAGAGCUAUGAUUGGACGAAGAAGCAGGGUGCAAGUGGAACGAAGAGCUGUGAUUGGAUGUAGGAAGCAGGACGUGACUUGAACUGAAAGCUGUUAUUGGACUUUGAAGGAGAAAGCCGGUGGAACAGAGAGUCGUGAUUUAUUUGGCUUAGUAGCAGGAUGUGCCUGGACCCGAAAGCACUGGUUGGUGUUAGAAGCAGGAAGUCGCUGGAAUGUAAAGCUAUGAUUGGAAGCAGGAAGUUAUUGAAACAGCUCUUGCCCAUGAUGACCAUUGAUAUGGUGAUGGGGAUGAUGGUGGCAAGGAUUAUGUAAUUAUUUUAUGAAUAUUAUUAUGUAAUAGCAAGUGUCAUUGUGAGAUAAGAUUAAUUGUAUGACCUUGACGGAGCAUGCGUGUGACCUAAAACAAAGCGUGUGAAUGCAUUCAUACACUUUGCGACACCCUCUGUUGUCAUUCGUCUCCAUGGAGAUGGCGUCAAGGACCGACUCGAGACCACUCACUGUGACACGUAUUUCUGAUGUGCAUUUCCAUUCGGCGCGGUAAUGUCAGGUCAGCUUAAAAAAAAAAAAAAAAAAAAAAAAAGCUUCUCUUGUCUCUUCGCAUUGAAUUCAUAAUUCAAUGAGGCCCAAAAUAACAUAGAUGCAACGAGAGGAAAGAAAAUUAGAUUUACAUUUGCUACAUUCAGGUGUCUCAUCUGGAGCUCGUAAAAAGCAAUACUUAUGAAAUACAACGCUAUUCGGAUUGUGGUAAGCUAACAUAGAAAACUAUCCCAAAUUUGGUCUAUCAUAGUAGUUCCCAAUACUGAAGAAGAUAAUAUUAUCCACGAACACCACCCUAACUACUGCAUGGUGUCUUUUUAGUUACACAACAAGGUGGUGUGCAUUACAAACUAAAAAUGUGAAUGUCUUAAAAUUACACUUGGCUCACAAUACUGCUUCUAAAGAACCUUAGUGAGCAUCUAAAUUUAGCUUUUUCUGUGACAAGGAUGCAAAUGAUUAAUUGAAUUUUAAUCGUGAUCAUGCCAGGAUUAAAUUAACCGGAUUGUCGGUGAUAUUUACAAUUAUAACGCGGGCUCUGCUGCAUAUCUAAUCAAGCAUUUUCUCUGCCAGUAUCAUAUUCACCAUCAUUCAAAAAUUAUAAUCAUUUUGUUUCAAAGUAUCAUGUUGAGUUGAAAAUCAUUCUCAUUGUUUGAAAAGUAGUUCAACAAAAAUGGGGUUUCUCGAACAAAAUAAAUAAUUGUGAUUACAAUAUUGCUAAAAAAUUGUGAUUAUCAUUUUGGCCACAAUUGUGCAGCCCUAUCUUCCGGUGCUACAUGAGGCAGGAAUUGUAUUGCUUUUGGCCUCUGUGUGUUGAUGCCAAGUUGAUGGUAUUUAGUUUUCUGCAAAGAGACAAAAAAAAAUGUAUUGUCCAUUCUAGGAAUCUUCCUUCAUUUUGAAAUCUAAAUAUAAUUUAACCAUCAAUAGUACAAUUCAAAUUUAUAAGUCAAAUAUUUGAAUAAAAAGAACAAGUCAUCCUAGUA